AAUUGGGAUGUUGAGAUUGAUGUAAAAGGCCAGAUCGACACUGGUCCUGCAUCCGACAAUGGUUCUUUUUCGUGGUCCAAACUACUCCAUUAUACUGGGCCUGAUCCAGGGAAUCUCGAAAGCGAUCUGCAAAGUGGAGCAAUUGCAGGUUACAAGUUACUGUGGCUGCUAUUUUGGGCACAUGCUGCAGGUCUUGCUAUUCAGAUCUUGUCCGCAAGAUUAGGUGUAGUCGCAGGCAAGCAUCUCGCGCAGCUUAUUAGACAAACAUAUAGCCGGCCUUUGUCCAUUGCGAUUUGGUCGUUUUCGCAACUAGCCAUAAUUGGAUCGGAUAUCCAGGAGAUUAUUGGCACAGCGAUUGCACUCAAGAUCAUUUUUGGCUUUUCAUUAUGGCUUGGAGUUUUGAUUACGGCAACCGACACGUUUGUGUUUAUGUUUUUGCAGCAGUAUGGCGUUCGUAAAAUCGAGGUGUUUUUGAUGGUGCUUAUUGGUGUUAUGAUUGGCUGCUUUUGGGUUGAAAUGUUCAUGUCGCAUCCUCGGAUCAGUGCUAUCGUGGAAGGCAUGGUGAUACCAGAGAUCCCCGAACAGGCCGUUGUACAAGCUGUGGGGACCAUCGGUUGCGUGAUCAUGCCUCACAACUUAUACCUACACAGUGCUCUGGUCAUGUCACGCAACCUCGGUGACAAACCAUCCAAAAACAAGCUCAAGGAGGCCAAUUUCUACUUUGCUCUAGAAUCGGCCAUUGCCUUGUUGACUUCGUUUUUCAUCAACAUGGCCAUUGUUGUCGUCUUUGCCCAAGUGUUUUACCAGCCCGAUCGUGUGGUGACCGACCUGCCUGGACUUUAUGACGCAUCGCAAGUGCUUAGCAAUACGUUGGGAUAUUAUGCGAAAUAUCUGUGGGCUGCAGGUCUGCUCGCAGCAGGACAGAGUUCCACAAUGACAGGCACGCUUGCAGGACAAUACGUUGUGGAAGGCUUUUUCGGAGCUAUUUUUAAGAAACAAUGGCACCGAGUGGCGAUCACGCGUGUCAUUGCAUUGGUGCCAAGCAUGAUUGUGGCGGUUCUCGCGGUAGAACGCUUCGAUACGAUGGGAGAAAUUUUGAACGUGUUACAGAGCUUAUGUCUGCCGAUCGUCAUGGUUCCCAUCCUAAAACUGACAUCAUCGGCGAUAAUAAUGACGGAUGAUUUCAAG